AUGUUGACAGUUUUUGUAGACCCAGCUGUUGCACCUUUGGACAAGCAGAAAGAUCUCAUUUUGAAGGCAUGUGCAGAUAUCGGAGUUAUAUGUGACUUUGUGCCCCAGCGUGUGGAGAGGACAGUAUCUUGGUAUCCUCCUUUGGACAUUCAGCCAUCAGCUCGUGAAGUUGUUCAGAAAGAAAUAAUGGCCGUGAUGCAUGCAGAAGAAGCUGUCUGUAUGAUCAACAGCUACAUUCAGAUGAGGCAAGGACAAGCAAGUAAUCACAUGUCACUGAGAGACUGGGUGAGCUCCCUCCAGUCAGCUGUUGGUGAUAAAAAUCUGUCUGUUUUCAUUGUUGGACUUCACAAAUAUUUCAGUAGCCACAAAACUGCCGCCAAACAGAAGCAUAGAGAAGCUGUAACAGGAAAACCUGCCAGAGGAAAAAAUAAAAAUGUUUUAACUGGUCCUCACAUAACUGCAGGCGACGCUGAAGAGGCAUUUGUGGAGGUUCAGCUGUUCACAGGUUGCAUCAUCCAGCAGGUAGACACCGACGAGGAGCUUGCACAGCAGAUUAAGCUCUCUACCAAAGCAGUUAUUGAGAAACCAAACAAGAAAGACCGCUUUGACAACAUAUUUUCCUUCUUAGAAGAAGGAACUUCAGGUCUCACUGUCAACAAACAAGGUCAAGGUCUCCGCAAUGUCUGGAAACAUCAGCUGAUGCAAUUAAAAAAUGUUGGAGCUGACAUGGCCGAUGCUAUAGUCAGUGCCUAUCCAUCUCCAUCAUUGUUGUUUCAGGCAUGUAAAUCUGACUCUUCAAGCAGGGAAACAGAAAAGUUGCUGAGUGAAUUGAAUGUGAGGCGACAUGCAAGUGUGAUUGCAACCAACAGGAAGGUUGGCAAAGAACAAGCCCGGAGACUUUAUACAUUUAUAACUUCUACUGACCCAGAAGAAAUUAUCAAAUAA